AUCAUUUGGAAUUAGGGUUUUAGAGCUGCCGUGUUCCGCCGGAUCAUCACCGUUGCCACCUCAAGGCUCAAGUUCACCGUUCGAGAGCUUAAGAUGCCGUCGCACAAGACGUUCAUAAUCAAGAAGAAGCUGGGGAAGAAGAUGAGGCAAAACAGGCCUAUCCCUGGCUGGAUCCGUCUCCGUACCGAUAACAAGAUCAGGUACAACGCUAAGCGUAGGCAUUGGCGCCGUACCAAGCUCGGGUUCUAGAUCAUCCGAGCUCGCUGCCAUGAUCUUAUUCGUUCGAGUUUUGCUAUUUUACUUUCGGAAUUGUGGUUUAAGUUUUAGUUUUUAUCUUCUGCAUGAAUAAUAUAUUAUGAGUAUCUAAAGUUACACCCUUUCUAUUA